AGUUUGGAAGCAGCUGGAGGAAUGAAUUAGGUUCCUGGUUGCAGUACUUUUUUUCUUCUUUUCUUUUCUUUUUUAAAACAGACACAGCUGUUGAGUGAAAUGCCGCCUCCACAGAAAAUCCCAAGCGUCAGACCUUUCAAGCAGAGGAAAAGCUUGGCAAUCAGACAAGAGGAAGUUGCUGGAAUCCGGGCAAAGUUCCCAAACAAGAUCCCGGUGAUAGUGGAGCGCUACCCCAGGGAGAAGUUCCUGCCCCUGCUGGACAAAACCAAGUUUCUGGUCCCACAGGAGCUGACCAUGACCCAGUUCCUCAGCAUCAUCCGGAGCCGCAUGGUCCUGAGAGACACGGAAGCCUUUUACUUGCUGGUGAACAACAAAAGCCUGGUCAGCAUGAGUGCAACCAUGGCAGAGAUCUACAGGGACUACAAGGAUGAAGACGGCUUCGUGUACAUGACCUACGCCUCCCAGGAGACGUUUGGCUGCCUGGAGUCAGCAGCCCCCGGGGAUGGGAGCAGCCUUGAGGACAGACCCUGCAAUCCUCUCUAGCCCAUGUGGGGAAGAACAGGUGCUCUGACAGACGCAUCCGACGCUGGCAGAAGGGACUGGUUUUCCCCUGUGUGUGUGUGGAGGUGUCUGAGAAGCAGAGAUGCCGGGAGUGAUCAGGUCCAGCCAGCGGCCGCAGAGUGGCAGCUCGCCCUCGUUUAGUUUUUGUGCUCCAUGCUCUUGUGUUCUUCUAAGAAAAACGUGAGCUGCUCUUGAAAGUUUUGUAAUUAUAACUUUUUUUUUUUUUUUUUUUUUUUGAGACAGGUUCUUGCUCUCUUGCCUAGGCUGGAGUGCAGUGGCACGAUCUUGGCUCACCACAGCCUCCGCCUCCUGGGUUCAAGGGAUUCCCCUGCCUCAGCCUCCUGAGUAGCUGGGAUAACAAGUGUGUGCCACCACCCCAGGCCAAUUUUUGUAUUUUUAGUAGAGACGAGGUUUCACUGCGUUGGCCAGGCUGGUCUCAAACUCCUGCCCUCAGGUGAUCCACCCACCUCAGCCUCCCAAAGUGCUGGGAUUACAGGUGUGAGCCACCGCAUCCAGCCAUAGAACUCUAUCUUGAAUAAGAAAUGGUUGGCUUGUGUGAUGGCUUUGUAUGAUGAGCUGGAGAUAAUAUUUUUCAAGUGUCUUCUGAGGUAUAUGUGGGAGGGCCAUUGGGGAGUGGAUUUCACUCCCUGCAUGUAGGCAGGGGU